AACCAUACAAGAUCAUGUAUACAAGUUGCUGCUAACUAAGCUUUAUCCUAGCAUCAAGCUCAGCCUCAACACUACCUGUCGAUCUCUGUCAACCGUGUGUUCAUGUGCUUCUAAGCCGUGAUUAUCGAAAACAAAAGUUUCCGACAAUGGAGGAUGAAUGCCUUGAUCACGACCACCAGCAGCAGCAGCAGCAGCAGGAGGAGGAGGAGAAGAGCAACAAUGGGCAGCUAACCCAGAGGCUGGAGGGCAUCGAGGAAGAAGGCGGCCCGGCCGAGACGUGGGCUCCUCCUCCGGCGGCGAAGACGGUGCGGGCGCCGGAGACCCCGACGGAGACGAUGGAGUUCCUCGCUCGGUCCUGGAGCCUGUCGGCCGCGGAGAUCUCCAAGGCGCUCAAGGUCCUCAGCAGCAAGGGCGCCGCCGUCUGCGACGACGACAUCCCCGACGCCGCCGUCCCGUGUGCUGCCCUAGGUAAAGAGCAGAGGCCACCGCCUGAAACGAGCCCGCCGUUCUCUCCCAGGGCUGCCACCAGUGCCACCAUGGACGCGCAGCUUCUCCGAGCGGGGGGGAGAGGAGGGGGGAAGACGACGACGAUGGGGGCGUGGAUGAAGGAGCAGAAGGAGAAGAAGCGCGCCGAGGCCCGGUCCCGCAACGCGCAGGCCUACGCCGCGACCUCCGUGGCCGGGGUCGCCGCCGCCGUCGCCGCGCUCGUCGCCGGCGCCGUAUUCUCCUCCUCCUCCUCCCCGCCCUCGGAUCCGCCUAAUCCGGCGGCCAAUAACGCGAAGACGGCGGCGGCGAUCGCGUCGGCGGCGGCGCUGGUGGCGUCGCACUGCGUGGAGAUGGCGCAGGCGAUCGGGGCCAGCCACGAGCAGAUCGUGGCCUCCGUCGGCUCCGCUGUGAACGCGCAGACCAGCGGCGACGUCAUGGCGCUCACGGCCGGCGCGGCCACGGCGCUGCGCGGGGCCGCCAUGCUCAGGGCCAGGCUCCACAGGGAGAUCCAGGGCGCCGCUCUGCCCGGAGGAGACGGCGGCAGGUCGGCGGCGUCGGAGAGGGACGUGUCGCCGCUCGUCUUCGUCUCCAGAGGCGGCGAGCUGCUCAAGCGCACAAGACAAGGUAUACUACACUGGAAGCUUGUCACGGUGUACAUAGACACCAACUUCCAGGUGAUCAUGAAGAUGAAGAGCGCGCACAUGGCCGGCACGUUCAUCAAGACCAAGAAAUGUGUGGUGCUGGACGUCCGGGCGGAGGUGGCGGCGUGGGCAGGCAGGGAGGUCGACGACGGGAUGGGCCUUGCGAGGAGAGGCUACUUCGGGGUAAGGACGGAGGAGAGGGUGAUCGAGUUCGAGUGCAGGAGCAAGCGCGAGCAGCGCAGGUGGGCGCAGGGCAUCACGGAGAUGCUCAGCCGCCGCGACAACAGCAUGAACAUCGCCUUGUAAUUAAACACACAAUGUCCGCAAAUCAGUAGUAGCGUCAGAGAGAAUCAGUGUUCUGGUUCUCGUGACAUUUGCAUGUGUAUAUAUGUGUGUGAUUUAGUUUGGUUCACUGGAGCGGGUGUGGUUUGAGCUCCGGAUGCGAGUAAUCAACCCUGUAUUCUUGCGAA